AUUUAAGUGUCUUUGACCUCUUUUUGGUCAACAUUGUCACCAAUAGUUAAUUCAAGACUUAAAGGAUACAUUUCCUUCAAUUUUCUCGAGAGAGUGUGUGUUUCUCUCAUGUCAGAAAUAAAUGUUUCAUUAUAUGAUUGAAUCGACAUCAGCAACAUGGAAGACACUUUUAAGCGCCAUCGUCAAACCCUAGCCAAACUUCAAUCCCUCACCACUAACGACCGCCGGCGCCCUCAUGACAACGGAGAUCUCAGUACAGAGGAAGGCAACUCCGAGAUGUGGAACAACUUCUCCAACAGAUUCCGGCAGGUGCAAUCGGUGUUGAAUCGGAACAGAUCAUUGAUACAGCAAGUCAAUGAAAAUCAUCAGUCCAGAACGAAUGACAAUAUGGUGCAAAACGUGAGCCUGAUUCAGGAGCUUAAUGGCAACAUUUCUAAAGUAGUUUCUCUCUAUUCUUAUAUUUCCACCAAUUUUUCAACCAUGUUUGGUUAAGAAAACGACGCCAUUGGAGACGAAACCAACAACCAGAGACACUACUGAUGCUUCUCUUAAUUGAAUAAUUCCCUCAAUAUCUUCAGAGGUCAAAUUUAUCUUUAACCUUUUGGUUGGCUCAUAGCGUGUGUAUUUCAUAAGCAUGUUUGUAUUAAGGUUU